UGUGAUUGGUUGAAACCCUACUGUUGCAGGAAGCUGCUGUUCAGCUUUAAAAAAUUUUGUGAGACAGCUAAAAAUAGACUAAGCAUAUCCAGCGUUACAAAGAUGAUGCGAAGACCCAGAGCAACAGCUGCCAAAGCUGUAAUUUACAACGAAAAUGAAAAUACAGAUUCCGACCAGUCUUUUACUCCGAUGGUGAGUAGUGAUGAAGAGAUGGACGAGUGGAAGCCAUCGGAGUCGACAAAAGCUACCAGCAAAGCUGCCAGAGCACCUACAGAUGGAGGGAUGAAAGCGGCGCCCAAGAGAACCGCAAAACCAAAACAACCUAAGGUCCCUAAACCAAGGGCACCCCGCAAACCAGCAGCAGAACAAGAAGAUACUGCCAUGUCUGUUUCUGGUGGAAAAAAGAGAAAGAAGUCUAAUGGUGAUGAUUUAGGAGAAAAUGAAAGGAAAACACAGACUGGUUGCCCUGAAAAACAGAAGACUCAAAAGAGAGGCAAUAGUGUCAGAAUGAAGGAAGAGAGGAUCUCAUUUAUUGUGUCAGACGCCCAUUGGACAGACGAAGGGACAUCACAGUCUGGGCUCCCAGUAAAGAAGGAGGAAGCGCCAGAGGAAGAUUUCACUUUUGAUGAGCCAAGUCUAAAAAAACAGAAGACCAGCGAGACGAGCCAGAGACAGAGACCCACCUUCCCAGAGUCCGGAGCACACUCUCUGAGGAAUGAACUCAACAUGAACUGGAACCUGAAUGAGCUUAUCUCUACACUGACAUGUGUGGAGCGGUGGGUAUGUGGAAACAUCAUCAAGCUGCUACGCGAGGAAAACACUGUUCCCUUCAUGGUGCGCUACCGGAAAGAGAUGAUCAAUCACAUGGACGCAGAUGCGGUUCGAGACGUCCAGAUGGUCUAUGAAGAGUUAUGUUCUCUUGCUAAGAAGACCCAGUCUGUGGUUCAGACCCUGAAGAAGGAUGGUGUUCUGACCCCUGAGUUGGAGGAAAGCCUCAGGAGCUGCCGAUCAGCUGAUGAUCUGGAUCAUGUGUAUACUCCCUACAAAAAAGGCAGCAAGCUCACUAAAGCUCGCAGGGCCAAAGCAUUGGGCCUGGAAGAUGCUGCCACCGCACUGCUGAAUGUACCACACACUCUGGACCUCAGCGCUUGGGUAAAGCCUGGUACUGAAGGUCUAUCAUGUGUGGAGGAAGUGGCCACUGGGGUGGAGCAUAUUUUGGCUGAUAUAAUAGCCAAAGACCCUGAGACACUCACCUACAUUAAAACAUUAUGUGAAAAGAGCUUCGUGACCAUCCAGUCCAGUAUAUCUAAAACGGCGCUAAAAGAAAAAGAGCAGGAGAAAGUCGCCCAAGAACACAAAACACCAGGAGUGGAACACCCCAAAAAAAAAGACUUCGACAAAUUCCAACUCUACUUUGACUUUACCUGCAACGUUCAGCGCAUCCAGCCUCAUCAGACACUGGCGAUUAACCGAGGCGAGAGUCUGAAGAUUCUGACAGUGAAGGUGAACAUUCCUGACAGAGUGAAGAGUGACUUUACUCGAUGGUGCAUCAACAACAGGUGGAGGCCAAAGACAUUCGCAAGAGAAGAACUUCAUGCAAUCAUAAGAAAUGCAGUAGAAGACUCGUAUAAAAGGCUUAUUUUGCCUUUCCUCACUCGAAGCUACAGGACUAAGCUAACAAGUGCAGCAGAAAAGGAAUCGAUCGCCAUGUUUGUGCGAAACCUCCGUCAGCGCCUGUUGGUCUGUCCAGUCAGGGGAAAUGUCAUAAUGGGGGUGGACCCUGGCUUCAGACAUGGCUGCAAACUGGCUAUCCUCUCUCCUACUAGUCAGAUUCUCCAUACUGAUGUUGUGUUCCUGCACAAUUCAGGACAGCAGAAAGAAGCAGAGAAAUUGCGCCACCUCAUGACCACAUACAGCUGCACCAAAGUCGUCAUUGGCAACGGUACUGCUUGCCGAGAAACCGAGUCCUUCUUUGCUGAUCUGAUCUCCAGACGUUAUUUUCACCCAUUGGACGUGUCUUACUGCAUAACCAAUGAGGCCGGGGCAUCCAUCUACAGUGUGAGUCCUGAGGCGGUCAAAGAGAUGCCAGACUUGGAUCCAAACCUUCGGAGUGCAGUGUCUAUUGGAAGACGUGUCCAAGAUCCACUGGCUGAACUCGUGAAGAUUGAUCCAAAACACAUUGGCAUUGGAACGUAUCAGCAUGACGUGUCAGCUGGAGCCCUGAAGGCAGCGCUGGAUGGAGUGGUGGAGGAGUGUGUGAGCUUUGUGGGAGUGGACAUCAACAUCUGCUCUGAGACACUAAUGAGGCAUGUAGCAGGGCUGAACACGGGCAGAGCUCGGAGCAUCGCAGAGUGGAGAGAGAAGAACGGUCCGUUCAUCAACAGGGAGCAACUCAAACUGGUCAAAGGCAUGGGACCAAAGAGCUACCAACAGUGUGCCGGCUUCAUCAGGAUCAACCCUCAGACUCUAAACAGUGCCAAGCCGUCGCCGCCGUGCGCACCAGAGAACCCAGCACCUAAGAAGAGCAAAGGGAAGGCGGGUUGCAGCAUACCGACCUCAUUAAACCCGCUGGACCAAACCUGCAUUCACCCCGAGUCCUACCAUGUAGCGGAGAGGUUUCUUUCUCUUGUGGGUGGGAUUGUGGACCAAAUAGGCAGUGCAGGUUUGAAAUACAGCGUGGAGAGCAAGGUUAACACGAGUUGUAUUGAGGAACUGGCCAAGAAAGUGGACACCACCCCUGAGACUCUGAAACUCAUCAUAGACGGCCUGACGCAGCCCCCAGGCUUUGACAUACGACAAAAUUUUGGGCAGGCGGACUUUAAGCGGGGCAUCGUGUCAAUGAGCGAUCUGCGGGUCGGUGCCGUGCUCACAGGCCGAGUGGACAACACAACUCUGUUCGGAGCUUUCGUAGACAUCGGCGUCGGCCGCGCCGGCCUCAUCCAUAAGAGCCACAUCACCCUAGACAAGCUGCCCGCCAGUCAACGCCGCCGCAGCCUGGCGCUGGGCCCCGGGGAGAGGGUGGAGGUCCGGGUCCUCAACGUCGACGCUCAGAGGGGACGCAUCGGGCUGGACCUGAUUAGGGUCCUCCAGUAGAUUCGGCGGUUCCUUUAAAGAAUACUCCACACUUGGACUGUGCCUGUCACUUGAAGUUACACACAAACCAGUGUGAGAGACAAACUAUCUCCAGAUGUUUACAGAAACUCUGGACACAAAGUGACUUGCUGCUUCUGAGUACAGCUAAUAUAUAUUAUUUAUGGGAACGGUUCGAAAUGUUUUACAAUCGUUACACAUUUCAGUGCCUGUCGGUGGCGGCUGUGACGCACAAUGGUGGAUAAGUUAGCACAAGUUUAGCUAAAUACAUGGUUAGUGAGUCAGACGACAGAUGAAAUUUAUAAUUAGCACGUUAGCUGUGAGGCUAAUAGUGUCAUACGUGAACCAAAUUGGCGUAAGUUUACUAAAUAUGAUGAUGCUUGAAUGUAAUUGAGAUUAGUAUUCACAAACUCACGCGGAACAAAAAGUUGUGGUCUUGAUUCCUUUUUUUUUGGUUUCGUUUUGAAAGACUUUCAGUAAUUAGCCAAUAAAUAUUUCUCUUUACUCCUUGUUUCUGAUCUCACUUGCCAUUCAAUGUGA